AUGAAUCUCUUCGAAGCCGAGGGAGAAAAUAUGCUGACCAUUGUAGGUGCAGGGAUAAAGAUCAAGAACCAGCACGGAUUAUACCCUCCCUCAUAUCUUAUGGAUGGAAAUCUAAACAAUUUCGCACACUCAUUAGAAGCUAAUGACGGCAUGUGGAUGCGCGUUAAUCUGGAGACACAGUCUUCUGUUACUAAAGUGAUCAUCUACAACAGACUUAGUUGCUGUAAAGACAGGAUAGUUGGAGCUUCAGUCUUUAUAAAAACAGGGGAUGAGUAUGUUAAAGAUUGUGGUAAGGUCAGCAGUGCAGAAAAUUCCUACACUUUCAACUGUGAAGGAGACGGAAAUGUUAUUGAGAUAAGUCAGGAGGGAACGGUAGGAGACUGGAACAUUGCUGAAAUUAAAGUAUACGGCACCCCGGCGAAGAUUCCUUCUCCAGGUUUGGAUAUAUAG